CGGCUUUCAGUUUCCGGUACAUGGCGGAAGUUUAGUGCCUGUGUUUGAUGCAGGAGUUUGUUAACUGUUUGUUGGCGCCACUAUAGCGAGUAUUUGAAUCAUUUAGUCAUUAAGUAUCCUUCAGUUUGAGUUUAAGAUGUCAGAUACAUGGAGCGACAUUCAGGCACACAAAAAGAAGCUGGACUCUCUGAGAGAGAGGCUGCAGAGGAGGAGGAAAGAUCCAACACAGCUGGGUAUCGAGGUUGGUGGUGGUGAUGGGGCACCCACACGCAGUGACAGUCCAGGGCCAACCCUCCAAACCCCCACAGAGAUGGAGGAGGAGCGUCCCCCUGACCCUGAAUUAGAGAGAAGACUUCUGGAAUACCUGUCCGAACUGAGCCUCACACUCCCCACUGACUCUCUGGCCAUCACCAACCAGCUCAACUCUUCUGAAUCACCAGUAUCACACGCCUGCAUCCAGAGUCUUCUACUUAAAUUUUCGGCUCAGGAAUUGAUCGAAGUCCGACAGCCAACCAACAAUACCUCGUCUUCGUCCUCGUCUUCAUCCACCUUAGUUGUCUCUGUCGAUCAUACCAAACUGUGGGCAAUGAUUAGUAGUUCCACACCACAACCUCAGAAAGCUGGUGUGAAAAGAAAAGGAGAUGAUAUUAUUCACCAAAAGAGGGCUCCUGGCUCCUCCCCUUUGCUUCAGUCGUCUUCUUCGCCAUCCAAAACAUCAUCUACCUCUUCUGCUUCCAGUUCACAGCUGGCUGGGACUUCUGAUUGGAAGUCGGGAUCUGGAGGAGUUGGGGCUGAGAAAAAGGGCCGAACCAAUAAGGGAAAGACGUCUCACUUGGAUAUGGAGAUAGAGAGCUUAUUGAGUCAGCAGUCAACCAAGGAGCAACAAAACAAAAAGGUGAGCAGGGAAAUCCUUGAGUUACUGAACACUAGCUCGGCCAGGGAGCAGUCCAUUGUAGAGAAAUUUCGUUCACGGGGUCGAGCACAGGUGCAGGAAUUCUGCGAUCAUGGGACUAAGGAGGAGUGCAUGCGAUAUGGAGACACCCCACAACCCUGCAACAAGCUGCAUUUCAGGCGGAUCAUCAACAAGCACACAGACGAGAGUCUUGGAGACUGCUCCUUCCUGAACACCUGUUUCCACAUGGACACCUGUAAAUAUGUACACUACGAGAUUGACAGCCCACCUGAAGCCGAGAGCGGCUCCACGGGACCUCAGCCCGGCACCACUGAGCUCACUCUGCAUGCUAGAGACGGAGACAGCAAUGUGGGGAAACUGUUUCCAGCUCAGUGGAUCUGUUGUGAUAUCCGCUACCUGGAUGUGUCCAUCCUGGGGAAGUUUGCGGUGGUGAUGGCUGACCCUCCAUGGGACAUUCACAUGGAGCUUCCAUAUGGAACUCUGACAGAUGAUGAGAUGAGGAAACUUAACAUUCCUAUUCUGCAGGAUGAUGGCUUCCUCUUCCUCUGGGUGACUGGAAGAGCAAUGGAGCUUGGCAGAGAGUGUCUAAGCCUCUGGGGGUAUGAGCGUGUUGAUGAGAUCAUUUGGGUGAAGACCAAUCAGCUCCAGCGUAUUAUUCGGACAGGACGGACUGGACACUGGCUGAACCACGGCAAAGAGCACUGCUUGGUAGGAGUGAAAGGAAACCUUCAAGGAUUCAACAGAGGCCUGGACUGUGAUGUGAUUGUCGCAGAGGUGCGUUCUACCAGUCACAAACCAGAUGAGAUCUAUGGAAUGAUUGAGCGUUUGUCUCCUGGCACUAGGAAGAUUGAACUGUUUGGGAGGCCCCAUAAUGUCCAACCAAACUGGGUAACUUUGGGGAAUCAGUUGGAUGGAAUUCAUUUGUUGGACCCUGAUGUAGUAGCACGUUUUAAAAAGCGCUAUCCAGAUGGAGUCAUUUCCAAACCCAAAAACAUGUGAAGACAUACCCAGCUCACAGUGACUGCUACAUGUUCAGUCUUCUCAGAGACUUUCAGGAUCAUUUAAAGGCGGGAAAUCUUUUGUAUUGUCAAUCAUUUUUAAUAAAACAACUAGGUGAAUUA